AUUAUGAUAUUAAUCAUUUUAUUAAUACAAUAUGUUUUAUCUGGUUUUUGUGAAGGAAAGAAAAAUGGAUUUUAUUGUACUGACCACAUAAAGUUCAUUUGGUGUUAUGGAACGGAUAGUGGUUCAGCAUUGUCGUGUGCUAGUGGAACAAAUUGUAAAUGUGGGUAUAGUAGUUUUAAUCCAUGUGGAUAUAGUUUUCAGACAAUGACAGAUUGUACUGGAACACCAGGAAAUGGAGAUGAAGCACCAAAUCAAUCUUCAGAAGAACAACCAACAAAUGAUGAUUAUUGUUGA